AUGGAGAAAAUCUUUACUGCAAAUGGAACACCUGAGGCCCAAAAGGUUAAUCAAGCUACGUUUUACCUACGUGAGGAUGCUGACACAUGGUGGGAAACUGAGGGACAAACCAUUAGUAACCAACCAAACUUUGACUGGGAUUCUUUUAAGGUUGCUAUUAGAGGUCGAUUCUUUCCUGAACAUAUUAGAAGACAAAAAUGCAGUGAAUUCAAUAGGUUGAACCAAGGGAAGUUUAUGAGUGUCAAGGAAUAUGCCCAAAAGUUUAAUGAGUAUGCUAAGUUUUGCCCUAACAUGGUCCCUGAUGAAGUUUCUAAGGCACAAAAAUUUGAGGAUGGUUUAGCUUUCAGGAUACAAACUAGGUUAGGAGGAAGUACCUCAUCUACCCUUGCAGAGGCUUAUUUUAAGGCUUGUAACAUGGAGAGGAUCUUACAAAGAGAAGAAGAUGUGUUGGGAAGGAACAAGAGGAAAGACCAAAGCAAUGCUGAUAGUCAAAGUAAUGAUAAAAGACCUCGUUUUGGUAACAAUGGGGGUAAUGGUAGGAACAAUCACCACGGAGGAGGACAUAACGAUAAGAAUUACCGAAACCCUAGGCAGAAUGAAAACCAGCAAAGGAAUGGUAACCAGAGGGCUUGGGUUUGUAAGAAAUGUGAGAAGAGUCAUUCGGGCUAUACGUGUCAAGGCGAACCAAUUAGAUGUUAUGCUUGUGGCGAAGCGGGACAUAAGGCUAAUUAUUGUCCCAAGAGGCAAGAAGGAAACCAAUCAGGGCAGAAUGGACACAACAAGGGCUAUAACAACAAUGGAGGAGGAUCUAGGAACCAUAACUUCAACAACAACCGCUCGAACAAUACUCAAGCAGGAAAUGGUUCAGCAAAUGACAAGUACAACGCCAACAACAAUCUGAACAACAAUGCAAACAAUGGAAAUGGAGGACGUACUUUCAAUGGAAGACUCCACAUUAUGAGCAAGAGUGAAGCUGAGUCGGACGCCAACAUUGUGACCGGUACUUUCCUUGUAAACUCUAAACCUGCUUUUGUACUCUUUGAUUCUGGAGCUUCACAUUCCUUCUUAUCUAAAUCUUUUAUCGAAAAACAUUCCCUUAAACCUUCUUCCUCAUGUCAAGCUAAGGUAACCACACCCUCAGGUGAAACCUUUCUCAAUAAGAACCUUUACUUAGGUAUGCCUAUUGUCAUCUCUGAAACCGAACUACCCGUGGACCUUAUCGAGUUUAAUUUAAAAGACUUCGAUUUGGUUUUGGGAAUGGAUUGGUUAAGGAAGUAUCAAGAAAAAAUCAAUUGUGCUAAACAGAGAAUUACCUUUAGGGGCCCUAAGGGAAAUAAACUAACCUACCAAGAAACUACUUCCGAGCCAUCAAAGACCAAGCUUAUCUCGGCCUUAAAUCUUCAGACCCAUCUUAGGAAGGGCUACCCCGUAUAUUUGUGCCAUGUAAAGGACACGAGCAUGAAAGAGGACGAGUUAGGAGAGAUACCUGUAGUUAAGGAGUUUGUUGAUGUAUUCCCAGAUGAGAUUCCAGAGAUGCCACCUGUGAGAGAGUUAGACUUCAAGAUUAACUUAGUUCCGGGAACAGGACCUAUUUCAAAGGCACCUUAUAGGAUGGCACCUGCCGAGUUGCAAGAGUUGAAGGUACAACUUGAGGACUUGGGUGCAGGAGUAUUUUCAAAGACUGAUUUGAGAUCAGGUUAUCAUCAAUUACGAAUUGCAGAAGAGGAUAUAGCCAAAACAGCUUUUCGAACGAGAAAAGGUAGCAUUUUUGGGGCAUGUAAUUACAAAAGAUGGAGUGAUGGUGGAUCCCUCAAAGGUUCAAGCAGUAAUGAACUGGCCUACACCCACUAA